AUGGCUCGAUUCAUUGCCAAAGGUGCGGCCAUAAUUGGCCUCCUGCUGAUGGUCUCAACCCCGGCCUGUGCAAAUCACUAUCCAAACCGCAAACUCAUUGCUCGUCAAAACACCUCUCCCUGCAUUUCAGACGACCUUCUCGGACGCGUUGGUGCCAGCAAUGGUGGACGCAAGAUUGGCUUCGUAAUUGAUGCCUCUUUUUCCAUGAUCGACAACGAUCCCAAUGAUGUCAGACUCGCAGCCAGCCAAGCUCUCAACAAUGCUCUGGUCGACAGCAGCGAAGGCUCUGGCGGUAAAACGUCAGAUCUCGUGACCGUGGUUGACUUCGCCUCCUACGGCCAGCUUCUUUAUCCGCUUGGGGACCCUUCUGGCGCUAACGAUGUUAUUGGAAGCAUCACUCCAAGGGGUGGCACUGCCAUCGGCACAGGCGUAGAGGCUGCGAUCGAAGAAUUGACCAAAACGGGAAACGACCCCACUGCCAACCGCACAGGCAUCAUCGUCUUCACUGACGGUGAAGACGAUCCUUCGUCAGGCAUAGUUUUCACCAUUGAGCAAGUCAAGCGGGCGGUCGACCUGGGUAUUCGCAUCUCCUUCGGCUUCCUUUCCGUUGACGCAUCAAACCAGAACCCUGAGAUCGUGCGCGCCAUUGUGGAAAGCGGAGGAAUUUAUGCCACUGUGGAUCAAGCAAAUUCUCAGCAAAUUUUCGUCGCCGCCGCUCUUGCCAACGGCCUUACUGGCAUCGAUUCUUCUGGCGGCAAUGGUUCCAGCUCACUGAUCUCCGGUCUUGCCACCGCCAAAUUCCUCUCCCAGACCGGCUCCAAUACGUUCGCCUAUGCCGCGAAGGCGGGUGAAACAAUCAAUGUCACAGUCACUGCUAUCGACGAUCUCUCUCUCGAAGUUAAACUUCGUGAUGUUCAGGCCAAUACCGAUCUUAAGAGCAACACAACCAACUCUACUGGGGUUGCAUUCCUCGACUACACGGCCCAAUCCAAUACGGAUCUGGAGGUCAUCGUGAGUGCAACAAACGGUAGUGGAAGCGGGAUCUUCUCCGUCGGUCUCAAGAGCUCCCUUCCCCUCAGCGACAGCUGCAACAUCACGAGCAACAUCACGAGCAACGUCACGAGCAACGGUACCACGGGCCUGCCGGCCACGCCGACGGCCUCUCGACCGGCGCAGUAUACUGGUGGCGCAGCUUCUACUGUGCUGGGAAUCUCAGCAAAUGUCGGUGGUUUCUUCUAUAUUCUCAGCUUUGCGGCAGCCGCUGCCUGGUUGUAA